GCUGCGGAGUAUAGAAACGGGAAAGAUAUGCAAGGGAUACCGUGGGAGAGGCUGCAAUACAGUAGAGACGAUUACCGUGGUAAGAGGCUGAAUGGGUACAGGAACUAUGAGAGCCUCUCCAGGUCGCACGAAUUGUUGGACUCGGAGUGCAAACAAGUGGAUAAAAAAGGCACAUUCUAUGACUUCUGCUUCAACACAAGACUUGCCAGGUCAACAGUAGUUCAUUUUCAGGUAUAUAUCUUUUACAAUUAAAUUGGUUUUCACUUCCCAGCAUUCGUAAAAGAAUUCAUGGUAAUGUCAAAGUGACCCAGCAGCCUGUUGGAUUGACAAGAGUGUUUUCCCCCCUUCAAGCCUUGCUGGUCACAAGAUUUUUUUUUUGCCCUUGAUUUUUUUUUUUCAUAAUGGCAUAAUGCAUUGCAUUUUUGCCUAUCAAUAGUCAUUCACAACAAAAGGUGAUUUAGUCGGCCAGUUAGUCAGUAUACGCGAGUAAGAAGAAUAAACAUAGGCUUAGAAAAAACCAAUAAGAAUGUUGAAAUGUUCAUUCUACAAAUGUUAGCUAUUUGCAUUUACGCCCUUAUUCUGUUUUGUAGAUGUUAUGAUAUUUUUGAAGGAUUGACCACUUUCCGUUUCAGUAGGUGAAGUUUCUGGUUCCUACUUACGCUUUUCUCUUCAUUCUAGAGUGUAACCGUAAUACCAUAACGCUGAUUGCAGGCUGUGUGAUGAGUUUAGUUAGAUAUGCUAGUUGAAGCUGUAGUAUUUAUCUACAAUUAACACUGCUGUGAUAUAGGACAUCACUGCUACAUUAUCCUUUCACCAGAGCCCAUAAGCAGGUGGACAAGCAUCCUCAGCGGCCGGCGUUGUUAUGAAGACAACUGUCGAAUAUGCUGAGGGACCUUGUUUGGGCCACAUCAAAGCAUGAUGUCUACAUGGCCCAGAAUUAUUCAGUGAUGCACUGGUCUUCUCUUCUUCAGAGAGGGGAGGAAGUGCUCAAUGUGAUAGACAAUGUAUUUCCAAAGCAGAAGGUCCAGGGAGCUCGUCCGUUGUUCAGAAUGCAGAUCUGCUCAAUGGCCGUAAGAGACAAUCUUAUGGUUGCUGGUGGUUUCCGGGGUGAACUAGUUUGCAAGUACGUUGAUCAACCUGGAGUGGCUUUCUGUACAAGUGUUACUGAAGAUGAUGAUAACAUCACAAAUACUGUAGAUUUGUACGAGUCUCCCAAUGGAUCUACACGAGUGAUUGCUGGCAACAACGACUGUGCUGUCAGAGUUUUUGAUACCGAGAGAUUCAGGCUACUUAGCCACUUAACAUUUCCAUGGCCAGUCAAUGACACAUCAGUGAGUCCUGAUGCCAAGCUUGUCGCUGUUCUUGGCGAUAGUUCUGACUGUCUGAUAGCUGAUCUUCAGUCUGGCAAGGAAAUCGCGAGCCUCAAGGGGCACCUGGACUACUCGUUCUCGUCGGCGUGGCACCCCGACGGGCGCGUCCUCGCCACCGGGAACCAGGACACCACCUGCCGGCUGUGGGACGUCCGCAACCUCUCGCGGUCCCUGGCGGUGCUCAAGGGGAGGAUCGGCGCCAUCCGGGGCCUCAGGUUCUCGUCGGACGGCCGCUUCCUGGCGGCGGCGGAGGCCGCGGACUUCGUCCACGUGUACGACGCGCGCGCCGGCUACGCGGCGGAGCAGGAGAUCGACAUCUUCGGGGAGGUGGCGGGCGUGUCGUUCAGCCCGGACGCGGAGGCCCUGUUCGUCGGCGUCGCGGACCGCACGUACGGCAGCCUCAUCGAGUUCAGGAGGAGGCAUCGCCACGGCUACCUGGACUCGUAUCUAUGAGGCUGUGUACUUCGUGCAGUGGUGUGUCGCGUGUUGUACAUGAACGAGGAAGUUGGAACUGCGUCUGAGAUGGCCAAAGGCAGAGGGUGUCGUGUGCGCGUGCCCUCCUCGGAUUCUGUUUGUAAGCAAAGAAUGUUACGUAGUACUUAAUUUGGAAUGCUUAGUGGUGAUUGCUGCGCAA